AUGGAACAAUUUUGUUUAAUAUGGAAUAUAUUUGGCGGAGCUUUUUCGUAUACCGAAGAAAUUGUACGAUAUCAUGGUCAACCAUUAGGAUAUAGAAUACCAUCUUCUUAUGGGCCAUUACCGACUCGAGGAUGGUCAUCGGAAACUUGGAAUUCCGGAGUACGAAGAACGGGAAGUCAAUUGUACAGAAGAGACGUUCAAAUUCGACCACCCCGUGUACAUCUGGUUAAAAUUGAAGAAGAACAGACAGAUCCUUUGACGACUUUAAGCGAAACUUUAGGCGCAUUGAACACUGUGGGUAGUUACAUCGUUAAUAUGACGAGAGGAGUGGAGAACUCGAAUAGUCCACCAAAAGAACUCCCAUCAGCUUUAUACACCAUAUCGAAAAAUAUUUUAGGACUUAAUGUAACGGACAGUAUAGCACCAUUGGUGAGAAGAGGUGUUGGAUUAACAUCGAAACCAACAAUAAAAUUACAAACAACAGGAAUUCCAUUAACAACGACAACAACAACAACAACAACUGUAAGGACUACAACAUUAGAACCUACAAUUUUAGCCGUAACAUCAACAAAUUUAUCAAGACCAAUUUCUCAAAUACAACCUCAACAAUCAGUGGAAUUAGCUAAUAGGGAUAGAGAAUCCGUAAUACCUACGUGCAUUACAGCAGAUGGUUCAUCAGGGAAGUGUCAAGAUCUCAGUAAUUGUCCACAACUAUUGCUGGAUUUGAAAAAACUAAGACAAUCCUUAUGUUUCAAAAGUAUAUUCGUACCUGGCGUUUGUUGUCCAAUGAAAAAAACUGAUGAUUUAUUGAACGAUGGAAUAAUCACUGGUACCGUUUCUCCGCCAAUUAUUGAGAACACUGUACGACCUACUCGACCACCAUAUCGCCCUAUAAAACCACCUACACCUCGACCUAUACCAUUGUAUCCAGUUGAUUCAUCUACUUUAGAACCAUCAACCGGAACGAUCCUGAUGCCAGAUUUGUCAGUCAACAAUUCGAACAAUGUUGAGACACUAGGCACUGUCGACAAUAAUUACAUACAAGAUGACGAAGAAUGUGGAGUGAGAAAUUCUGGAAAGUAUAGGGUUGUUGGAGGUGAAGAAGCAUUGCCAGGACGUUGGCCUUGGAUGGCAGCUAUUUUUCUUCACGGUUCAAAGCGUACUGAAUUCUGGUGUGGGGGAUCCUUAGUUGGACCACGUCAUAUCCUAACUGCUGCGCAUUGUACGCGAGAUCAACGACAACGACCAUUUGCUACAAGACAAUUCACUGUACGUCUUGGUGAUAUAGACCUCGAAAGAGACGAUGAACCGUCCUCACCUGAAACCUAUGCCGUUCGAGCUAUUUAUGCUCAUCCUAAAUUUUCCCGAGUUGGUUUUUACAACGAUAUCGCUGUACUCGAAUUAAACAGACCUGUUAAAAAGUCACCCUAUGUGAUACCAAUAUGUCUACCACAGGGACGCUUUCGUAGUGAAGUUUUUGCUGGUGCUAGACCAACCGUUGUCGGAUGGGGUACAACAUAUUACGGUGGAAAAGAAAGUACAGUUCAACGACAAGCUGUAUUGCCUGUAUGGAGAAACGAGGACUGCAAUGCAGCUUACUUUCAACCAAUUACGAAUAAUUUCUUAUGUGCUGGCUACAGUCAAGGUGGCAAGGACGCUUGUCAAGGUGAUUCAGGCGGCCCAUUAAUGUUAAGAGUCGAAGGCCGAUGGAUGCAGAUAGGCAUCGUAUCUUUCGGUAACAAAUGUGGUGAACCUGGUUAUCCUGGUGUUUAUACACGCGUCACGCAAUAUCUCGAUUGGAUUAAAGGAAAUUUCAAAUGAAUUUAUUAUAUUAUGUUUGAUAAAGUGCCAAGGAUAAAUUAAUCAAUGGUGGUUUUUUUUCUUGUAUAGUUCUAACAUGUACA